UUACAGUCGUCAGUGAGUGCGCCGAUAUCGGAACUUCUUCGCGACCUUCAAAGCUUUAACGGGAAUUACCAAUGUUAUCAUCAAAGCUUGGAACUUCCCAAGUCGAGUUUGUUUCUACGACGCGCUUUCACGCCGAUUAGAAACGACCCAUAUAAGGCUUUCAACUCCUCCUGUGACGUCUCUUCAACAGAAACCAUCUGACAGCAUGGUUGCAGAACCUACGACUUUGCGAGGUCUGUUCCGAGAUGCGGAAGACAGAAGGAGAGGUCUGGAUGAGUUCAGCUCGACAGUAAGCGAUGCAUAUCAGGAAAAUCUGGCAGCGGCGAUUACAUCAUACGAAGAAUGUUUGAAAGUCGCGAACGAAAUAGCUUUAUUCAGCCCAAAUGAAACGCUCGAGGACAUUAACUCCUCAGAUCUCGAGUAUUUGCUUAUCAACUUUCGACUUGCGCAGCUGAUAGAAAAACUCACUCGUGGAGAGCGAAAACAAAACCUUUUGGCAGCGAGAAGCAGAUACGAGAGGUUUUUGAAACUCCUAGACUCAUAUGACAUUCUUUCAAAGGCGGACACGAAACUUAUGGAGCAAUACUUCGAAGAUCCAGACAAGUUCUCCACUGCCUCAACAACCGACCCUAUUGCGCGAAGAAAUGCAAAGAUCGCGCGUUUCAAAGAGCAGAAGGAACUUAAAAACAAAUUAGAUUAUCUGCGUAAAAACCCUACCGCACUCGAGAGUGACGAAGAUGCCCUCCGCGAUCUCCAUCUGACAAAUAUCUCUCUCUGCGUACAUGAGACGUUCCAGGCAUUAGAAAGUAUGGCAUUGGAACUACAAAUGUUGGCCAUGGCACCUCCAGCGCCACCCAGCGAUCCUUCACUACACAGCUCUGACGAAAGGCAACGAAAUAGCAGUGAAAUAUACAAAGAUGGCUAUUCAGAGAGACUAGACGAUCCCUCUCUCCUUAAAAGGGGCUGGAGUGGUCCCCUCCUCAGCAAGGACGGAAAACCAUUACGCCCAUUCACCUUGACCGACAAGAGAACAGAGCUAAGGAAAGGUGUAUUUCGGCCGGAUCACAGUCUUCCGACUAUGAGCAUCGACGAGUACUUGGAGGAGGAGAGAAAGAGGGGGGGUAUUAUUGAAGGCGGAGGUGAAAAGUCAGGGAUUAGACCAGAACCAGAAGAUGAUGAUAUGGACAAGGUUGACGCAGAAAUCAUGAAGCAAAGAGCUUGGGAUGAUUGGAAGGAUGAGAAUCCAAGAGGUGCAGGAAAUACCAUGAACAGAGGAUGAUGACUUAAUGUUGGCUUGGAGAGUGUCUAUGGAUUUUGCACAUCCUUAGCCGCGCAUACAAGCAGUCUUUUUUAAAUCAAGGCUACGACCUAAACUCAAGUUGGGCGACAGUAGGAAGCCAUUGUUUUAGGAGCCUAUUCAGCCUGAAUCAGGCAAUAUAGUUCCUUCAAAAGCAUAUUCACUGCGUUUUGGAUGCUCUGAAGGAGAUCCAGAGGGCAGAGAAGUUCCCUCAAAUGCGUACGGGCUGCGUUCAGCGUGCCUUCCGGGAGAAAUUGAGCUGGGCAAGGACGUUCCACUGACGGCGUACUCGCUGCGUUCAAGAUGUCUCUUUUGAGUGCCAGUCUCAAUCGCUCGGAUGUUAAUAUGAGCAGCUUGCACGGCCUUGUAUAGAGCGUCAUAAGCAACCUCGUAGUUUGAGGCCAAAAUUUGCCCAACGUCUCUGGUAGGCUUCUUCGCGCCGACGGGGAGGGUUUCCAUAAUGUUGUCUAACGCAAUUUGGACAUCAGGACGUCCUA